AUAAAAUAAACUCUGGUUCUUUCUGUCUGCAAGUAUCUGUAGAGAGGCAGAGAAAGAAGCACUUGAACAAACAGACAGAAAAUGUUCAGUUCAGAACCAGGAUCACAAAUAUUUGUUGCAAUCAUCAAAGACAGUAUUGUAAUUGAGGAGGGGAAUCCUACUCGAUAUCAUCUGAAACCCAGGACAGACUCUUGUGAUCCAACUGAACCAUACAUAAAAGUUACCUUUGGGGAGAGAGACACAAAUAAACCCCAUAAAUCCAUUCUGCUGGUGGGAGAAACAGGAACAGGGAAAACAAAACUAAUCAAUGUGAUGAUCAACUACAUGUUGUGUGUUCAGAGAGAAGACAAGGUUUGGUUUGAGAUCACAGAUGAUCAGAGCGACCGAACUUUAGUUCACAGUCAGACCUCCAGCAUCACUAUUUAUGAGUUUUAUCUACAAGAGAGUCCAAUCCAUUUAACAAUCAUCGACACUCCAGGAUAUGGAGACACACGUGGAAUUGAGAAAGAUAAAGAGAUUGCCAGGAAUUUGCUUGGUUUAAGCAGUGAUGACUGCUUGCAUAAACUAGAUGCAGUUUGUCUGGUGAUUAAAGCAGACCAAAAUAGACUCUCUGACAGACAAACAUACAUAUUUGAUGCGGUUCAGUCCUUAUUUGGGGAAGAUAUUGCUGAAAACAUUGUCUUGCUCCUCACACACUCGCGUGGAGUUCACCCUAAAAAUGCUCUGACAGCUGUUGAAGAGGCUAAAAUCAAGUGUGCAGUAAAUGAGCAGAAUCAGCCAGUGUUUUUCCAGUUUGACAACUGUCAAGGAGAGACAUUUCUUCCAGAAUACCAGAUGGCACAAAAGCAAACAUGGGAUCUCAGUUUAAGUGAAAUUACAAAAUUUUUCACAUUUAUUGAAAACAUAAAACCAAAAACACUGAAGAUGACUCAAGGUGUUUUGCAGAAAAGGAAGCAGUUGGAGACUAAUAUCUCUAAUCUACAAUUAACUGAUCAAAAAAUCAGCCAAAAGCAAAAAGAGCUGAAACAAGCUCAGGAAGCUGUGGGACAAAACAUGAAAGUUGCUGAAGAAAACCAGAACUUUGAGUAUGAAGCUGAUGUGAUCUACAAAGAGAAGGUUGAUAUUGAUCGUUCUGUAGCCAGUGUGGCGAUGUGCUGCACCGUCUGUGAGGAGAACUGUCAUUAUCCAGGAUGCUGGAGGGUCACUGAUGUCUCAUGGUGCAAAGUGAUGAAGAAUAAUCACUGUACAGUGUGUACUAAUAAAUGCCACUACAGUAAACAUAUCAAAGAAGACAAAAUAUAUGUAACAAAGAAAAUGAAGGAGAAAAAGACAAAUGAAGGAUUAAAGAAGAAAUAUAAUCACAGUAUAAAGAAAAUUAAGGAAGGUGUGUUUUGGGUCAAGAAGCUAGAAGAAGACUUACAUAAUAUAGAGAAAGAGAAAGUAAAGAUGGUGAUGGAAACUUUUAACUGUGUUGAAACUCUGGAUUUGAUUGCACUUAAUACUGAUUCAUUGAUCAUACUUCAGCAUGUUGAUUUUCUGACUGAGAAGCUGAUGGAAAUCAGUGAGCCUGAAAAAGCAAAAACACUGGAAAACAUCAAGAAGAGAGCAGGAGAAGAAAAAAACAGAGCUGUGAGGUACAUGAAAGAAUUGUACAAAUAAUCAUGUGAUAUUAUGCUACUGUAUAUUAUCAUUGUAUUCAUCGAUCAAAUAAUGCAUAUACAGAAUUCGUGAGUUUGAUUAA